CUACUAUUUAAAAAGGACAUGAAUAUUACUCGAUAACUGGUACCUACUAAGAGUAUAAAUAGUAGGAAUAACCACGAACAAACGAACGAAAGAACGAACGAACGCAAGCAAACACCUGCACACACUCUAUUAUCACUGAUAUUCAUACUUAAAUCUGACACAAUCAACUUCAUCUGCUGCAUAGCUCGUAGUCAUGUCAAUUUUUAGUCAUCAUAAGAAUGGUUAUUUAAAGAAUGAAACCAGUCGAUACAAAACCCGUCAAGAAGACAGUACUCUUCAUCUUCAAGCUGGUGAACACAAAGAUGGAUCAGUUCAUAUUUCAAAAGCGAAUGGAUUUGAAAAAAAUGGAAUAAUCCACAUGCCCGGAAAACAUAAGAAUGGAGAGGUGAAUGGUGGCCGAAAUAAUAAUAAUAAUAAUAUUGCCCACAGUAAUGGUAUGCAUAAGAAUGCAGAAGAAGAAGAAGUUAAAGAGAUCUGUAUGAAUGGAAAUCAUUACAGCGGAUUAGAAAAUGGAAAUGUGAAUGGUACUCAGAAAAAUGGUAAACAAAAUGGUUUGCAAAAGAAUGGUGGAAGUGUGGAGUAUGGGAGUGGAAGUAGUGGAAGUAGCAGUAUCAAUGGUGAUGUUGAUGAUACUUUUAUACCCGUGUGUAAACCUGGAAGAUUUAUUUGUCGGGGAUUUCAUACAGAUAUUGCACAUUUAUGCGCUGAAACUGGUUAUCUAAUCUGGAUUGAACCGAAAAAGACUAUGCAUGUGUUAUUCACUUAUGGCGAUACAAAUUGUGAUUUUCUAUGUUACCUAGAACCAGAAGUGCCAGGAGUUACAAUCAACUACUUAGAGCCCAACAGAAUUAAACACUCACAACAAAUAUUUGAUGAAAAUGACUAUAGACCAGUACAAAUUCAUUCAGGAUUAGCUGCAUCAAUAAAUGGUUCUACAGGAACUCGGCAUUCAUGUAUAGGCUCCUGUAUGAAUUCAUUUUCCUAUGCAAUCGAUUCUGAAAAUGGACAAUGCUUUAUUGAAUUAAGUGUGCUGAAUAAAAAACAAAUGUGUGAAUUAGUUGAACCAAUAUCACGGCCGUUUAAACUUAAUUUUCGUCUAGUUCUUUGAUUUGUUGUGAAUUUACGUCGAUAUGAAAGCCAAAAACAAAGCGAAAAUUAAAACCUUAGGAGAAUCAUUUAAUCUAUUAUUACUGAGAAUUUAUCACACACACAAAAUAGAGACCAAAGUAUCUUAAGAAAGGGAGAAGUGUCGUUGCUGAACCAAGUCUUUAGAUUUAUUGUUGUAUACCUCAUAUAUAUAUAUAUCUUCUGUAAUCUGCAUGGUUCAGUAUUAAUGUAGUUACUUUUCUAAAUGGGUUUUGGUUUCCCACCCUCCCUACACGAACUCUUCUUCUUGUUUCUAGUCUUUUAUAACAAUAGUAUUUAUCAUUUACGAUUUGUCGUGAUUGUUAACUUCUUCAACUACACAAAAAAAUCAUGUGAAAUUAUUCAAACUAUAUCUGUUGAACUGUAAAUUUAUCACUAUGGUAACCGUGUUUGUGUUUCAAUUCAAGCGGUUUAUUUAAUUAAUGACUAACACUAAUGAAAGUUUUAAGACGAAU